AUGUAUUCUCCGAGGACACCAGGGUUCGCGCCGAGGACAGCGGGCUUAACGCCGCGGACGCCCAUAACGCAACCUCCGCACAGUGCUGGCCUAAGAAUACAGGGUCUACGGACGCACAUAGAGCACCAUCAAAUUCCUUCGCCGAUCGAAGCAAUAGAGGCUGACAGGGACCGAUGGGAGACGGAGACAUUCUACACACUACCCGGCACGCAUGUGCCGCUAUCAACCACAGACUAUGUCGCUAUGGAUCAAGGCAACUCGUCGCCCAAAUAUAUCAGGCUGUCCACUUACAGCAUACCGAAUACCUCCAAACUCGCAGAGGAGUUGUGCGUCCCUCUGGCAGCCAUCGUGCACCCAUUCGCAGACCCCGAUCCUCGAGAAGAGUCUGUGCCGCUCGUGGAAUUUGGCGCGGAGGGACCACCACGAUGUGCAAAGUGCCGGGCCUACAUCAAUCCUUGGGUAAAUUGGACCGCGGGUGGCAAUCAGUGGAAGUGCAACCUCUGCGGGCACGAGACGCCUGUAAUACCGGAGUACUACAGCCCACUGGACAACAAUCUCAUGCGUCAGGACCAAGACCAAAGACCUGAACUCCGCAAGGGCACUAUUGACUUUGCUGUGACGUCCGACGAGUACUGGGCUUCGCAACCUCUGGAUCAGAUGCUCCCGGCCUUGGCUCUCGAUCCCUCAUCCACCGACAAGUCUCAUCUCAGGGCUCCUGCGCCUAUGCGCUUCUUUGUGCUGCUUGAUGUGUCCGGCGAAUCCAUCCGCUCCGGCUUUCUCUACGGUGCAUGUGUGUCUCUGAAGGCUGCACUGUAUGGUUAUACUGCUGAAGACGGGACCGUCCAAACCGCACCAUCGUUUCCUUCAGGGUGCUCUGUGGCUAUUCUGACCUUCGACGAAGAGUUGCAUUUCUACGAUCUAUCGCCGAAUCAGCCCGAGAGCAGGAUGCUUGUCGUACCGGACAUCGACGAACCAUACUUGCCUCUACCACCGCCCUCCAUAUUCGUCGAUCCUCACGAAUCUCGGACAGUGAUUGAACAUCUUCUGGAUAGCCUCGUUGACCGCUUUUCAGAGACACCAAUCGGCGUCUCUUGCUUCGGCUCUGCUUUGCAAGCUGGGUUAGAAGCACUUGCUUCACAUGGAGGACACAUCGUCUCCUUCAUCUCCGUGCUGCCGACUACUGGCCUCGGUGCUUUGCAACCCAUGACCACUGCGGAGGAGUCUUCCGUCUACGAUACGCCGAAGGAGAAGCAACUCUAUGCACCACGGCGCAUUGAGUGGAGCAACCUUGCGGACCAGCUCGCUGAGGCGGGUGUCGGCGUCAGCAUCUUUAUGGCACCUUCAAACAUCAUCGAUGUCGCGUCAGUCGGUGCCGUUGCGACGACCACCGGAGGAGAGAUGUUCUUCUAUCCUAUGUACAAGCCUCACCGGGAUGGGCCCAUCCUCGGCUCUCAUGUAAAUCGACUAUUCUCGCGAACGACAGGAUACAAUUGUUCUGUACGAAUACGUUGCUCACACGGUCUUCGUAUCGAUGACUACUACGGGAACUUCUACAUGUCUGGCCCUGCAACACCGACGAUGGGCGUCCUUGAUGCCGACAAGGCCAUCACCUGUUCCUUCAGCGUGACCCGAGGGUUAUCGUACAGGGAAUACGCCCACUUCCAGACGGCCGUUCUCUAUACAACUACGGCAGGCCAGCGUCGUGUGCGCGUGGUUAACCUGGCCGUACAAGUUGCUGAGCUGGCAGCGAAUGUCUUCCGAUUCGCUGACAUGGACGCAGUCGUCACAUAUCUGACAAGACACUCAAUAUCACGGAUGACGAAGGACAAGUUACCCGCAAUACGGGAUGACCUAACAGAACAAUGUUCCGCCAUCUUAUUCGCGUAUCGCAGGUACUGUGCCACAGGAAGCGUGCCCACACAGCUCAUCAUCCCGGAGGCGUUCAGGGGUCUCCCGAUGUACUGUCUCGGGAUCCACAAGAGCAAGCCACUCAAAGGCCGCAGCGUCACCGCGGACGUGCGCAUGUUUCAUGCACACUGGCUCAAUGGUACUAGCGUGCGCCAAACCAUGUUCAAUCUAUACCCGCGCAACAUGGCGCUACACGACCUGGAUGCAGUCACCGCGCUCCCGCACCCUGCCACUGGUAUAGUGGAGAUGCCUUCGCUCAUGCGCUCAAGUUACCACUUCAUGGAGGCCGGUGGACUGUACCUCAUCGAUAACGAGGAACUCCAGGUGCUCUGGGUGGGAGCGGCGGCUAGCCCGCAGCUCAUCCAGGACGUUUUUGGCGUCGACGAUAUUAACGCCGUCGACCCUUACAUAGUUGCACUCCCAGAGCUUCCGACAACGCUUUCCCAGCAAGUUCGCAACAUCAUCGCGCGACGGGUACAAGAACGUGGUGGCCGGCUCUGCCGCUUUCUCAUCGCCCGGCAGAACCUGGACGCAUCCGAGAUUGAGUACGCCGAUCUGCUCGUCGAGGAUCACAACAAUGCUGCGCUUGCGUAUACGGACUACUUGUCGCUUGUGCACAAGCAAAUCACGACUGCAAUACAAAAUGGACAAACGCUGACCCCAAGCGGUUCAAGCGGUAUCCGAGCGCCUUGGUAG